CCAGUCAAAUUUAGCCCGUGACCGCACAAACGUGGGUACAAGUAAACGUCUCCAGACCGUGAACCGGUUAGCACGUACCUUAUAAGUUAACGCAGCAGUACAACAAUUACUUAUUUCAAACAAUCCAAGCAUUGCGCUGGAUACAAACAAAUUGUGAUCGUAAAUAAGAAUCAGCAAAACUUGAACGUAUUUGAGGAGGAAUAAAUCUGUAGAAUUGAAACAAGUGAUUUUUUUUACGAAGAAAAACUCAAGUGAAAAAAAGGUAGAAACAAAAAUGGGCUGGAAGGAAAAAGUGCUCAAGGUGGUGCUGUUCGUCAUGAUCGUCGCAAUCGUUCCUGGUCUGCCGCCAUAUCCGACAUUCCCGUUCAAAUCGUUCCGGAUUACGCCAGCACGUGAGUUGGAAGGCGUGCUAGCCCCGAAUCAGCUUCUCAACAGUCCGGAACAGCUACUCAAGAACCGAUUGGUGGCUCCGGAAACUAUCCUGGUUCGUGGAAACACAACCUAUGCGUCGGUCUUUGGAGGAGAAAUCAUUGAAAUAACCGGCAACUAUGACCAAAUCCGUGUGGUGGCUAAAUUUGGCCGCGAAUGUCGUGGCUCUCAUGAUGAACGAGAAUGUGGUCGUCCACUGGGCAUUGCUUUCGAUACUCAGGGAAACAAUUUGAUCGUUGCGGAACCUUAUUUCGGCAUCUGGCAAGUGCAGAUUAAAACCGGUGCCAAGAAGCAAUUAGUUUCUCGAGACGAGGUCAUCGAGGGUGGAAAAGUUGCGCGGAAGCCUCGGAUUCCCAACAGUGUAGUGGUUGCAAAGAAUGGAGAUAUCUACUGGUCUGAUACGGCAUCUGAUUUUUGUUUUGAGCACGGUCUGCAAGCGUUGCUUCUUAAUCCCUCGGGAAGGUUGAUCCAUUACUCCAGAGCCAGCAACAAGAAUCGAGUGCUGAUCGAUGAAAUUCAUGGGGCUAAUGGAGUCGCUCUGAAUAAAGAUGAAAGCGUUGUGCUAGUAGGGGAAUUAGGUGGACAACUUAUUCGGCGAUAUUAUCUGAAAGGGCCGAAAGCUGGAACCGACGAUAUUUUUGUCGAUGGCCUCCCAGGAUCGGUAGACAAUCUAAGUUCCGACGAGAACGGUAUAUGGGUGGCACUUGUCAUUGCGACCGACAAGGAUAAUCCAUCACCGAUCGCCAUGUUGGCUCAGUUCCCUAGUCUGCGAAAAGUAAUUGUUCGGUUCAUGACCAUAUUGGAGAUCCCGUUCCGAUUCAUCUAUGAGAAAACUGGAAAUGACAUUGCACUCAAAGUGUCCCAUCUGAUCGGCAAUCUGGCCAGUAUGCCGUCAUUUUUCCCAAAACGUGGAACUGUUCUUCGUUUAAAUUGGGAAGGAAACAUCCUGGCGGCACUGCACAGCGAUGAUGGAAAGGGAAACUUCAUAGCCCAGGCCGUACAAAGUGGCGAUUAUCUGCUGCUUGGAUCUCCGGUCCAUCCGUGGUUAGGACGGGUAAAAUUAACUGAAGAAAUUCUACAUCUUGUUUCUUCAGGUCAGUCUAAGCAGCCUGUUAAGACAGAAAAAAAGGUCGCAGUUGACACAACUCGUCAAAAAUCGAACGAGGAGUUGUGAAAGCAAUUGUGUGCAUUAGUGUAUUAGUUUUUUAGAUUAGAUUACGAAAAACUCGUUUCAAGAAAUAAAAUCCGUUUUAAUUGUCUUCUUCUUGUCCAAAAAUAUGAUUUCCCAAGUUGAAUGAAAAUAAAAAGUGCCUCAAAAUAUGGAAAAAAUAAAAUUUUA